UCAGUAUUACCUAAUUGGGAAUAGGAACCGUUUGGGCAUGUCACAAUACCAGCCUUUUAACAGAAAUCUGUAGUUAAGUACGGAAUCAGAAAUUUGACAUCAGAUUCUAGGGAUAUUAUAACCAGAGACAUAACGAUUCAGUAUUCCAAGAUGGUUUCCAUGUGGUUGUGUUUGGUCGGACUUCUGGCACAUACUCAAGCGGCUGAUCACUGCAGCCCGGAGGGUGGGGUGUGUCAGGAGGACCAUCAUCACUGCUCUGGGGAGUACCACUCUGGACUUUGCCCUGGUGGGGUCCACAAUCGCUGCUGUAUGCCCACAGGAUCCCACAGUUCCGGUUGUCCGGGGCUGACGAUUGUGAGUCGGAGCCAGUGGGGUGCCCGGGCCCCGAAGAGCGUGUCCCACCUGCGGAACCCUGUGUCCCAGGUGUUCAUCCAUCACACAGAGACGCCGGCCUGUUUUAAUGAGCACGACUGUUCCGUCAGGAUGAGGGGCAUACAGAACUUCCACAUGGACUCCAGAGGCUGGAGUGACAUAGGCUAUAGCUUCCUGGUCGGAGAGGACGGUCGCAUAUACGAGGGGCGUGGCUGGGACAAGGUGGGUGCCCAUACAAAGGGAUAUAACUCUGUAGCUCUGGCUCUGUCCUUCAUGGGAAGCUACAUGACACACAACCCGGGUAAGGCGGCGCUUGACGCGGCGCAAGCCUGGCUAGGCUGCGCCAUCAGCAAAGGGAUGAUCACCAGCUCUUACAAGCUGUACGGGCACCGUGACGCGGGAAGUACCGACUGUCCAGGAGACAGUCUCUACGCUCUGAUCCGUACCUGGUCACACUAUGACCAUCACGGCAAGCCACAUCACUAGAAGACGGUAAAUCCUCACCUGCACGUGGAUAUUUCAAUUU